UGAGCGGACACCUUCCCAUCCUGAUAUACAAACUGCUUGUUCAUGAUUGUUCACAUGAUGAACAAAAACCUCUUGGAGAUUUACUUCAUGUCUUAAGCGGUGAUGGUUUAAAUAUUAUUGGAUGUGACAUGAAGGAUGUGCUAAUCAAUCUUGAAAUGCAAAAUGUCCCUGUCAGAUAUGCAGCACCUUUCAAGACCAUUAAGAAGUUAGAUCACAGUUAUGAGAAGACCUUGCAGAAGCCAGAACCACAAACACCUCAAGAGAGAGAGACUUUCCUUACUAAAGCAUUCCCUGCGAGCUUCCAAUGGGCCACAUCAUCAGAAUCUUUUAAGGUUGAAGGCGCAUGGGCUGCAGACGGGAAGGGAGAGACAAUCUGGGAUCGUUUUGGUCAUGAAAACCAGGCCUUUAAUAAUCAUACUGUUGACACUGCAUGUGACAGUUACAGAAAGGUUGAUGUAGAUGUCUACCUCCUGCGAGGCCUUGGAGUCAACACCUACCAAUUUUCCAUCUCCUGGGCCCGUGUUUUCCCCUCCGGUUAUAGAGCCAGCAUGUCAAAUGAAGGGGUUCUCUACUAUAACAAUUUGAUCAAUGCUCUUGUGGAGUCUGGCAUUCGGCCUGUUGCCACUCUCUACCAUUGGGAUCUACCUCAAGCUAUGCAAGACGAGGGUGGAUGGACCAAAGAUUUCAUUGUUGAAGCUUUUAAGGACUAUGCCGACUUCUGCUUCAGCCAAUUUGGAGACAGGGUCAAGGACUGGAACACAUUCAGCAGCCCCUGGGUGGUGAGCCAUGCAGGGUAUGGCACUGGUGAGCAUGCUCCUGGAGUUAAAGACUAUGUUACUGCCUCUUAUCAGGUUACUCAUAAUAUACUGAAAUCCCAUGCAGAGGCCUGGCAUGUCUACAAUGAUAAAUACAGAGGACCACAGGGAGGGAAAGUGGGCAUUGCAUUAAACUCAGACUGGGCUCAACCAGGUGACCCCAUGAAACCUGAAGAUGUGGCAGCUGCAGAGCGCUACCUUGAGUUUAUGCUAGGCUGGUUUGCCCAUCCCAUAUUCAUAGAUGGGGAUUAUUCUCAAGUUCUUAAAACUCAGAUCGAAAAGAAAAAAACUGAUUGUACAGGAUCUGUGCCAGCAGUACUUCCAACUUUUACUGCUGAAGAGAAGGCGAGGAUAAAGGGAACCUCUGACUUUUUCGGUUUAAACCACUACACUUCACGUUUGGUUAGCAGCAGCGUAGGUGGAUGCGUCCCUGGUCCUCAGGGAGUUGGAGACUUCCGGGCAUACGUAGACCCCUCAUGGCCCACUACAGCAUCAGACUGGAUCGUCUCAUUGCCAUCAGGAUUACGAUCACUUUUAGCAUACAUUAAAAAUAAAUAUCUGACAACUCAUAAUGUGCCCAUUUACAUAACUGGGAAUGGCAUGCCAACAGAAUACAGUGGAGACCCCCUCAAUGACACCAGUAGAAUAGAUUACUUGAGUGGUUACAUCAAUGAAGCCCUAAAAGCAAUUACAGACGAUGGAGUGGAUGUACAGCGAUUCACAGUGCAAUCGUUUAUGGAUGGAUUUGAGGGAAAACAAGGGUACAGUGAAAGAUUUGGACUUCUCCAUGUUAACUUUGAAGAUAGUUCCAGGCCGAGAUCACCAAAACAAUCAGCAUACUUCUAUGCUCAGAUCAUUGAACAAAAUGGUUUUGUUUCACGUAAAAAAGUUAAUGAAGUCUUUGAGGGCUUGAAAAUAUCACAAGCCCCCCGUCUCCCCCCGCUGCCGCCUUCAGAGGUUCCCUCAGCAUCGAAGAUUGUCUGGGAAAAAUUUACACCACAGAAAAAAUUUGAUAGACAAAUGUAUCACUAUGGAAAUUUCUCAGAAGACUUCUUGUGGGGCGUUUCGUCUUCUGCAUACCAAAUUGAGGGUGGAUGGAAUGUUGAUGGUAAAGGCCCUAGUGUGUGGGAUACAUUUACUCAAAGGCCAGGUAGUGGUAUUCCUGAAGAUGGUGUUGGAAAUAUUGCGUGUGACAGCUACAACAGACUUGAUGAAGACCUAUACAUGCUGCGAGCUAUGAAUGUAAAAUCAUACAGAUUUUCUUUGUCAUGGUCCAGAAUCUUUCCCAAUGGUAGGCGUGCAUCCCUGAACCAGAAGGGUGUUGACUAUUAUAACAGACUUAUUAAUGGCCUCUUGGCUCUUAAAAUCACCCCAAUGGUCACAAUUUAUCACUGGGACCUCCCACAAGCUUUACAAGAUGAGGGUGGAUGGGAGAAAGCGGAGAUGAUUGAUAUCUUUAAUGAUUAUUGUGACUUUUGCUUCGCCACCUUUGGUGAUAGAGUGAAAUUCUGGAUGACAAUGAAUGAUCCUCAAGGGAUUGCAUGGCUAGGAUAUGGGACUGGAAAAAUCCCCCCAAACAUUAAGAAGCCAGGAACAGCCCCAUACCAAGUUGCACACAACCUAAUAAAAGCUCAUGCCACAGCAUACCACACAUACGAUGACAAAUACCGUUCUUCACAAAAGGGAGUAGUAUCAAUUGCCCUCAAUGCAGAAUGGGUUGAACCUAAAGAUAUCACUGUCCCUCGUGAAAUUACUGCUGCUGACCGCGCAAUGCAGUUCCAGGUGGGCUGGUUUGCCCACCCAAUUUUCAAAAAUGGUGACUAUCCAGAAGCCAUGAAAGCUCAAGUUUUAGUGAAAAGCGAACUCCAGGGUCUGUCAGAGUCAAGACUUCCUUCUUUCACAGAGGAGGAGAAGAACUUAAUUAAAGGAACUGCAGACAUGUUUUGUGUUAAUCACUACACCACCAGAAUAGUUACCCAUAUUACAGGUGAUAUUACUACAGCGUCCUAUCAAAAUGACUGGGACUAUUCAGAGGAGGAGAUUGUUGAUCAACCAACUACACCAAUUGGAUUCACAAGAGCAGUAUCAUUUGGCAUAAGGAGGCUUCUAAAUUGGAUUAAGGAAGAAUAUGGAGAUCCAGAUAUUUAUGUCACUGAAAAUUCAGUCUCCACUCCAAGGGACUGGGCUUGGGAUGAGAUUGACCGAGUCUUUUUUCACAAAACCUACAUUGAUGAGGCUCUUAAAGCCUAUGAACUCGAUGGAGUCAAGGUAAAAGGCUAUGCAACCUAUCUAAUGGAUUCAUUUCAGUUUCUUUAUGGCUACAUCUUUGGGUUUGGGCUACACCACGUAGACUUUAAUAAUCCAAACCGACCUAGAUCACCGAAGUUUUCAGCACAUGCUUACUACAACAUUGUGAAGAAUAAUGGUUUUCCACGAACUGAAGAUGAAACAAUGUUAUAUGGACAGUUCAAGGAGGGUAUGUUUUGGAGUAGUGCAACAGCAUCAUACCAGAUUGAAGGGGCAUGGAGAGAAGAUGGAAAAGGUCUCAGCAUUUGGGACAAAUUUACACACACUCCUGGAAAAAUAUCACAGCAUGACACUGGAGACUUUGCAUGUAACAGUUACAAUAAGCUGGAUGAUGACAUUGCAGCACUGAAGAAACUCCAGGUGUCUCACUAUCGAUUCUCUAUAUCCUGGCCGAGGGUGAUGCCUGAUGGUACUACCAAAUAUAUCAAUCAGGCUGGCCUUGAUUACUAUAAUAAAGUGGUGGAUGCCCUCAUUGCUGCAAAUAUUCAGCCUCAAGUCACUUUGUACCACUGGGAUCUCCCACAAGCUCUACAGGAUGUUGGAGGUUGGGAAAAUGAGACUAUCAUUGAAAGAUUCAAAGACUACGCAGAUGUCAUGUUUAAGAAUCUUGGUCCAAAAGUGAAACUUUGGAUCACUUUCAAUGAGCCGUUCAUAAUAACAGUUUUAGGCCAUGUCCAAGGAGCACAUGCCCCAGGUUUUAGUGACCGACCAGAUACUCUGCCAUACAUUGUAAGUCAUAAUAUCAUUAAGUCGCAUGCGGAGGCAUGGCAUGUGUACAAUGACAAAUAUCGAGCCUCACAAAAUGGAAAGGUCGCCAUCACUGUAAACUCAGACUGGGCAGAGCCCAGGAAUCCCUACAAACAAGAGGACUAUGAGGCUGCACGAAGUGUGGUUGAGUUUUAUCUUGGCUGGUAUGUCCAUCCCAUCUUUAAUGGUGACUACAGCCCGCAUGUGAAGAGAUCUGUCCUAGAACAAAGUCUUGCAGGAGGUUUGACAAAAUCCAGGCUGCCUGAGUUUACUCCUGAGGAAAUUAAAAGAAUUAAUGGCACUUAUGAUUAUUUUGGAUUAAACCAUUACUGCAGUGUGUUGGCAUUCCCUGUCGACUUUGGAACAACUCAGCACUAUGAGGCAGACAGGGGUGUGGUUGUUAUUAGUGAUCGUACCUGGAUAGAAUCAGGUUCCAGUUGGCUCAAGAUGACACCAUUUGGCCUCCGCAGAUUGCUUAGAUUUAUUAAGGAGGAGUACAGAAAUCCUCCCAUAGUCAUUACAGAGAAUGGCGUCUCAGAAAAUGGGCCAGUUGAUCUGAAUGACGUUCACAGGAAAUACUAUUAUGAACAGUAUAUCAACCAGGUGCUAAAAGCUUAUUUGAUUGAUGGUGUGAAUAUCAUUGGCUACACUGCUUGGUCACUGCUGGAUAACCUGGAAUGGGCGGUUGGCUAUACAGAGAGAUUUGGACUUUUCUACGUCAAUCGUUCAGACCCUGAUUUUACUCGAACUCCCAAAGCUUCUGUGUCCUAUUACUCUUCGAUCAUCAGAUGCAAUGGAUUUCCUAACCCAGCAGAUGGACCGCAUGAGUGUUGGAACCCUAAUGCUGAGCCAACGACUGAGCCAACGACUGGGCCAACAACUAAGCCACCAGUAACAAAAGAGCCCAUUGAUAAUUUGAACUUCCUGGGGUUGAAGCUUUCUGCCAAAGAAGCUGAGACUGGUUUUAAUGUGACAUUUGCUUUGCUCAUCGUGGCAGUGACUGCUGUGAUUUGUUUGUCCAUUGGCAUCUUCUUAGCUUUAAGAAAGUCCAGAAAAUAGGAUU